AUGAAGAAUUCUCAGAUUGAAACAAAAUCACCUAUUGAUAAUAAUAGCGAUCGCUUGAAUGAAAAUGAUGAUAUUUCUUUUCAUAAGCCAUCACGAUACUUGAAGAUGCCACGAAAGUUUCUUUUAAAUUCAUUACGCCUUCAAUUAAAUUGCUCUAUAAAAAGAAAAAAAGAACAGCGAUUUACACUUUCACGACUUGAACUAUUUGACAAACAAUUUUGCCUUCAUCAAAUUCAUCAUUUAUAUCAAAAGUAUUUGAAUUUUGGUCUACAAUAUCAGAUCUGGUCAGAUGAUAUAGUUCAAAUAAUGGAAUCAACUGAAAGUGAUAAGAUCCAGAAAUCGCUAGAAGAAUAUUUGAUACUGUUGAAAAACAGAAGCAAUCAGCAUGAAAACGAAUUAAUAAUACAGUUAUCAUCUUGUCCGACUACAUUACAUUCUCUAGAGAUGAUAGAUCAGAGAUUGAAAAAAUUGGUUCGUUUACAUCAUAUUGAUUUAGUGAGAACAGUCAACUAUCAAAAACAUAAAUUAAAAGACAUUAUCUAUGAAAAACGAUUGUUUAAUCAAUUAUCUUCUUACCACCUAGCUGAAGUACAACACCAAGCAAUCGAUCAGAUCACCACUAUCCGCAAGAAGCAGCUAAAGAUUUUCGAAGAUUUGACUAUAUUCGAACAACGAAUCUUAUGUCAUUCGUUACCAAAAACAUUUGAUGACAUUCCAAUAGUUACAUAUCAAAAUUUAUUUGGAAAUGAAGCUAAUAAAAUUAUGCAAGAAUUGAAACGUCGAAAACUUAACGAUCAGCUGAAAAAUUAUGAAUUGAAACUUCAAGAUUAUGAAGAUUUGUAUCAAACAGAAAUCAAUAUAUUUGAAUCUAAACUCAUACAAACAAGCUUAAAUCAUCAACAUAUUCAAGCAGAUAUAUUCAUGACUUUAUUGAAAUGCUAUUUGAGUCAUUACACCAAUCGAUUAAUACGUCAAAUUCGUUACAAAGAAGCAUGUGUCCAUGUAAAAUUAGUACGUAGGCAUCAUCGUCAUUUAUUAUCGAAACAGCAAAUAGUCGAUGUUUAUCCACAAAUCAUUGUCGACGUUCCUAAAAUAUCAUUGAAUCGAAUUCAAUUAGAUUAUCUUUCCAAAAGUGGACCUAAUUAUAUCAGAUCAAAUCAAAGUUCUCUUCAUUCUUAUAAACAUCAAGAAAAACAUGUACAGGAAGAACAUAAGAACAUUAUGAAUGUGAUAACUCGUUAUCUUAUCCGUGAGCAUCAUAUUCCACUAACAGCAACAAUUAUCAGAGAGCUUUCUCAACACUUGGAAACAAGUCUACAUCAACAAUAUACGAUUCCAUUAUCUUAUCUAAACAUAUAUCGAACAAGAAAAGAAUUCAAAUUAAUGAAAUCGAUUCAACAUAGACUCAAGAAGGGAAACUAUAUUCUUCGCGAGACAGAUAAAAGUGGAAUUUUUCAUAUUGGAACUUCAGUUGAUUAUGAAAAGAAAGCAGAAGCUUAUCGACAAAAAACUGGCGCUUAUAUUGAAUUAGAUUCUAAUCCGUUAAGGAGUGUAUUUGAUAAAGUUAUUCUUUUGCUCAAUGAUCUUCGUUCAAAAAAAUAUAUUCUGUCAUGGCAAUUAGAUAAAAUGAUGCCGAAGCGAGACACAGUUCAGUUAGCUUAUUUAUAUUUCAUUCCUAAACCUCACAAGGCAGGAACACCAUUGAGGCCUAUUGUAUCAUCAAUGAGUAUGCCAAUGACAGGAAUUUCAAAGUUUUUGGACAAAUUAAUCCGUCCAAUUUUCGAUAAACAUGCACGUUCGACCACAAUUAUUGAUGGAGUUGAUUUGAUUCAUCGUUUAGAAGCAUAUACAACAAAUGGGUAUCUGAAACCCAAAACGUAUUUCUGCACAUUUGAUAUUACAGAUUUAUACACGAUGUUACCACAAGAAGAAUCACUUGAUAUUCUAAUUGAAUUUCUCGUUCAACAUGGCUAUCAAAAAGUUCAAAAUAUUCCAAUUGAUAUAAUUCGAAAGUUAGCUCUUAUCGUCAUUAAAGAAAACGUUUUCGUUUAUGAGAAGAAAUUCUAUCGACAAGUCAUUGGUGGUGCGAUGGGCUCAGCAUUUACUUUAACACUAGCUAAUAUUUUCAUGUGGAAAUGGGAGAGACAACUUGUCCACCGACUGGAAGUAUCGAAUGAAAUCUACGGCCGAUAUGUUGACGAUAUUUUCUUUACGUCGAACGAUUCAUUCGAAUCCAUCGACCAAAUGUUAGAUGAAGCUAAUAACUUUCAUCCUAACAUUAAACUAGUGCGACAAAUUGGUAGAAGUGUUCCAUUUCUUGAUGUAUUCAUUCAUAACAGUAAAGGAGCUUUAAAAACUUCAGUGUAUCAUAAAGAAGCAGCUGAGCCGUAUGUCGUACCAUUUGGAUCAGAUCAUCCUGGACAUGUUUUCAGAAACACUGUUGAUACUGCUAUUACGAGAGCAGUUCGUUAUUCAACAACCUUACUUGAAUUUGAAGAAGAAAUACGACAAAUGAAACUCAUAGGCUUAGAAAUUUGUCUAGUGAAAAACGACAUUGAAUCAAAUUUUAGUAUUGUCGAACAAGCUGUUUUAGAAUUUCCGCCGGUUGAAAAUCUAAAACAAAUAACAUUACAAAAUCUUCCAUCAUUGAUUGAUCAAGCAGAAAAUGAUUGUAUGAAACAUAAACGUAAUCGAAUCAGAGAAGAGAGAGAACUUGAAAACCGUCGAGAUGAAACCAGCCAUUUAAUAACUGAAUUAAAAGAACAUAUGUCUCAACAUAAUGUCAACUUUAAAGAUAUUUCACCUGUAUUAAAAAGUUUAUUAAAAGUUAUUCCUCAUCGAGCAUUACAAAAUUAUUCAAAUAUUCAUCGAGAAUUUCUUGAAUUAUGUCAAACUGUUGUUAAACAUACACUUCACAUCGAUAGAAGUAGUCCUAUGCAAUAUGAUGUAAUCUUAGUAAAAAUGAAACGAAUUUCAACAAUUAAAACAAAAGUUUUCGAUGAUUUAAUUAAAUUAAAACCUACUAUGGAUAAUGAAAGUCGACAGAAAAUACUUGUACACACCAUGAAGCCUACAGACAAAACAGCAAAAGUUACGGAAGAACGAAAUUACUAUGCUGUUGAAAUCUGUAAAGGAAUUUGUGAUAAACUUGAUGGUUCCGAUCCUGAUCCAUUAAUUCAUAGUUCUAUUAGAGAACAAGUUCGUUAUACAAUUUGUGAAGCAACUGGUAUAGAAAAUCUAGCAACGUUUUAUGAAGGAUGGACAUCAUAG